AUGUCACCAAAAAAGGGUCAAACACCAUCCUUACCAGGUCUACCAACGUAUGACUCCUCCGCCUCCUCCUCCAGUAGCUCAGAGGCAGAACCAGAAGACUACAAACCAAAGGUCAAGCAAGAAGCAGCCACAACCCAACAAGUAGCCGCAACCCAAGAUGUAGAGCCAGUCCAAAAGGCAGAGCCAACCCAAGAAGCAGAAGCAGCGCCAGGAGUCGUGGGAUACACCUGGCCACCGCCGGGCUCACCCACAGAGUCCGACACCGACGAACCCGAACCCGAACUUGAUCCACUUUCAGAUGAUAUAAAUUGGGAUGCCGACGAAGAACCACACGGAAACGAUGGAAACGAGGGGGAAAACGAAGGAGAACCGCAGACCAGCUUCGUCGGGGCCCAGAGCCCCAUAAUCGAAGAGCCCAUAGAACGUAUGUACAGAACCCCAUCGUGGGGACACUCCGUAUACUCAUUCAACUCAGCAGCUUCUUCGCCACCAGAUCCAAACGUCAACUCAGCGGCUUCAUCGCCGCUAGGUCCAAAAAGUCCCACUCCACCCCCUCCUUCCCCAGGUCCACCUGCGAAUAAGCCGAAGAAAAGAGGUAUGCCAGUCGGUAUUGCCCCGCGAGCAGGACACACAGAUGCGGAAACGGGUAUGGAGGAUGACGCGCCAGAUGCUGGGGUAGCCCGCGCGGUAGCAGCAGCGAAGAAACGGAAACGCGAGGAGGAAGAGAAGAAUAAGCGCAAGGCUCCGCCAAGGAAGAAAGUACGCGUGGUGUCACCGGAGGAUGACGACGAGUUAUCGGAUGCGCCGUCAAAUCCCGAACCUCCUUCGCCAGUUGCGGCUGUAGUUGAGAAGGAGAAGAAGGGGAGGAAGACCAACAACAGUAAGAAGGAAAACGCAAAGGCGGGAUCAAAGAAAGACCCUCCUAAAAAACCGACAAAGAACACCCCGAAAGGCGGUAAGGGAAAGAAGGGUGAGAAUAUGCAGAAAGUGAAGUGUAGUGGGAGAACGAUAAAGGGCGAGCCGUGUAAGAAAGAGAAGAACAUGAAGGAGGGAGAUGACUAUAAUUGUGGGAAGCACAAGUCUGAUAAGUGA